AGGGUUUAGGGUAAACUAAUGUUUGUCGAACAUUAAACAACCGAAAAGAAGCCAAGCGGGAGAGAGUACCGAAAGGAAGAGAAGCGAAGCGAGAGAGAGGAAAAUGGCGAGGAAUUCAGGGGUUUUGAUACGGCAGUUGCUUGGCAAUCGCAACAACCCGUGUGCAGCAGGUCUUCUUCAUCAUCUUCACCAAAAACACAUCCAAAACCUAACUUCAGUACCAAAUACCACACCAUCUCCACCACACACAAUCGAUAUCCGUUCCGCUUCCAAACCCUUCUCCAAUAAUUCCAUUCACACCCCAAACCUUCAAUUUCUGCAACAGAGACGAUAUCUCUCCUCAUCCUCACUCUCAGAGUCAGAUUCAGAUUCAAAACAUUUACUUUCAGGUCCCUCAAACCUAUUCCUCAUACAGUGCAUGGCUAUCCAUACUGAGGCAGUUGACAAUGUUAAAGAUGCUAGGUUGUCUGCGGUUUUCUACUACACAGCACCCGGGUGCCGGGCUACCCGUAAGUGGAUAACUCCAAUCCUUGAUGAGUUGUGUGAGCAAUUCCAACACAUAAAAAUGUAUAAGGUUUACAUGGAUAAGAAUGGCCCUAACUCAUUGGACAUAUCGGAAGAUCCUUACAAGAUGAAUGGCCCUGGAUGCCCUAUUGACUUGCGUGGAUUUUAUUACAAAGAGAAUAUCGUUGGAUCCAGAUUGGACAAGUUGGGAAUUCACAAGACGCCAACGUUCCAUUGCUAUCUAAAAGGGAAAAGGGUAGAUGAGGUUUCCGGUGCUUCUAUCAAACACUUGAAAAAGAGACUUGAAAAUGUCUACAAUCCAUCUGGGAUGAAGAAAAGGAGGAAAGAUGAGAAUAAUGGAGGAUUUGUUACAGUACAUCCAAGUAUGUUUCCUGAAACAUCAUUUAUUAAGAUGAAGUCCGAACUUCGACUAGAAAUUUUUAAUUUUGAUGGUGAGGAAAAGAUGUAUGAUGAGGAAAAGAUGACAGAUGAUGAGUACAAGAGGGCAAAGGACAAGAAUCACAAGAUGAUGUGGUUUGCCAAAGGGUUGCUUUCAAGUAAAAAGAAGAGAGAGAUGUUUUGUAAAUUGAAAGAUCCUGAAGCCAAGCGCAAAUGGAUUGAGAGUGAAAUGGCUGAGGAAUGAACUGGAAGUACUUGUAUCAUGGUACAUGUUACGUUGUUCGACAGUGUCUAUGGUUUAGACUUGUGUGGUGCUGGAUUAAGAUAUCCUUUUUCUUUUUCUUUUUUAAAAUUUAUAUACCCACUUCUAGCAUCAAUAUUAUUAAGAUAUCCUUUUUUUUUUCUUUGAAUUAUUAAGAUAUCGUAAUUCAUCAAAUUUGGAGAAGGCUUAAAUGUCAAAA